GGAUAUUAUAUUACCAUCUAUGGAUUUCACGGUGCUUAAUUUAACCGAGACUCGUCUAAGUGUUAAAUGGGAUUUAGUGAUCAGGCUCCCUCCAGACCUUCCUGGUUACUUUAUGUGUCUUAAAGGAUAUUUUCAGACAUUCAUAUUUUACAAAGGUGUUACCAUCGCUAAUUCAUCCUUAGAGAGUUACAAUCUGAUACUAGAUUGGGCUCAGUUGCUUAAUGUUUCAUCAAUUGCUUCCGAGGGAGAUAUGGAUAGUGUGGUUUUGAAAGACAUUAUGGAGGAUAUUAAGGAAGGAAGAGACAUGCGGUUCGGAUCGCGGUUUCUUCUUCCGGAUUGCAGAUCUGGGAGGACGAUGAACUAUACAUGUGAUGAAACCGUGUUGCGGUUCGAGCCUGGCUCUCAAAGGAAGGCAACUGCGUUUGGAAACGACGCACCCAUUUGUCACUAUGUUCGUUAAUUACUUUUAAUCAAAUAUUUGUUGUUUAGUUUGCAAAUGUUGGAUCUUCUUCUUUUGUGUUUUGAUAUAUGGACUGAUCUUUUAAUUAAUAAUCUUAUAAAGUAUUCUUAAUUAA